UACAAUCUAGGUAUCCAAAAAGUUAAAUGAAGAAUGGAGAUAGAAACCAGAACCUGAAAUCCGAGUUUGAUUGUCGGCUAAAUUUUCAGUAAACUUAUCUCGUGCGAGUCUGUGACGUCUCUCUUAUAGAGACAACUUGUCUGUACGUCAAUAAUAUUAUAAUUUUGUGUGUAAACUUGCCUGGAGAGCGCGCCAAUUCAGUGAUAAUUAUGUUCAUAGUAGCUUUACAAUCAUCAUUCUAUUAAUUUCCGAUUGAUGUGCAAACGUUGCCACUUUGUAUUUUUGAAUGACACUGUUAGUUAACUGGAAUUUAUAGGCAUAAAGCUAAUUAUUAAGAAUUUUUUUAAUCAAUACUAUCAUGCCUGCUGUUAGAGGAGAUGGUAUGCGAGGAUUGGCUGUUUUUAUAUCAGAUAUCAGAAAUUGCAAAAGCAAAGAAGCAGAAAUAAAACGAAUCAAUAAAGAAUUAGCAAAUAUUAGAAGUAAAUUUAAAGGUGAUAAAACAUUAGAUGGUUAUCAGAAAAAGAAAUAUGUUUGCAAACUAUUAUUCAUAUUUUUGUUGGGCCAUGACAUCGAUUUUGGCCAUAUGGAAGCUGUCAACUUAUUGUCCUCAAAUAAAUAUUCUGAAAAACAAAUAGGAUACCUGUUUAUUUCUGUAUUGGUAAAUACCAAUAGUGAUUUAAUUAAACUCAUUAAUCAGAGUAUUAAAAAUGAUCUCCAAUCUAGAAAUUCUAUUCAUGUCAACUUAGCAAUGCAAUGUAUUGCUAAUAUUGGUAGUAGAGACAUGGCUGAAGCCUUUGGAUAUGAAAUACCAAAACUUCUUGUAUCUGGAGAUACUAUGGAUGUUGUUAAGCAAUCUGCAGCUUUAUGUUUUCUUCGUCUUUUGCGUACUAACCCAGAUGUCAUACCAAUUGAUUCAAAUGGUGCCAGUGAAUGGACUUCAAGAAUUGUACAUUUACUCAAUGAUCAACAUUUGGGAGUUGUAACUGCUGCUGUAUCAUUAAUUGAUGCUCUUGUAAAACGAAACCCUAAAGAAUAUAAAGCUUGUGUCAGUUUUGCUGUUUCACGACUUUCAAGGAUUGUUACUGCUAGUUACACAGAUUUACAAGAUUAUACUUAUUACUUUGUCCCAGCUCCAUGGUUGUCCGUUAAAUUACUUCGGCUAUUACAGAAUUAUUCAACUCCAGAAGAUGCAGGUGUAAGAGUUAGACUAAAUGAAUGUUUAGAAACAAUAUUAAAUAAAGCACAAGAAGCACCUAAAUCAAAAAAAGUACAACAUUCCAACGCUAAAAAUGCGGUGUUAUUUGAAGCUAUAAGCUUAAUAAUUCAUAAUGAUAGUGAGCCAAAUUUACUUGUUAGAGCUUGUAAUCAAUUGGGUCAGUUUUUAUCCAAUCGUGAAACCAAUUUAAGGUAUUUAGCAUUAGAAUCAAUGUGUCUCUUAGCAAACUCAGAAUUUUCUCAUGAAGCAGUUAAGAAGCAUCAAGAAGUUGUUAUUUUAUCAAUGAAAAUGGAAAAAGAUGUUUCGGUGAGACAACAAGCUGUUGAUUUACUUUAUGCUAUGUGUGAUAAAUCGAAUGCCGAAGAAAUAGUUCAGGAAAUGUUAAAUUAUCUAGAAACAGCUGACUACUCUAUUAGAGAAGAAAUGGUUUUAAAAGUUGCGAUUUUAGCAGAAAAAUAUGCAACUGACUAUACCUGGUAUGUAGAUGUUAUUCUUAAUUUAAUAAGAAUUGCUGGUGAUUAUGUGUCAGAAGAAGUUUGGUACCGUGUCAUUCAAAUUGUUAUAAACAGAGAUGAUGUUCAAGGUUAUGCUGCUAAAACUGUUUUUGAGGCACUUCAAGCUCCUGCAUGUCAUGAAAACAUGGUUAAAGUAGGUGGAUAUAUUCUUGGAGAAUUUGGAAAUUUAAUUGCAGGAGAUUCUAGGUCUGCACCAAAUGUACAAUUUCAAUUAUUACAUUCCAAGUAUCAUUUGUGUUCCCCAAUGACUCGAGCUUUAUUGCUAUCAACAUAUGUAAAAUUCAUAAAUUUAUUCCCAGAAGUUAAAUUUACAAUUCAAGAAAUUUUAAAACAAGAUAGUAAUCUACGGAGUGCUGAUGCUGAACUUCAACAACGUGCCUCUGAAUAUUUACAACUUUCAAAAAUAGUCUCAACUGAUGUUUUGGCUACUGUAUUAGAAGAAAUGCCAUCAUUCCCAGAACGUGAAUCAUCAAUCUUAGCAGUGUUAAAAAAGAAAAAACCAGGGCGUGUUCCUGAUAACGAAACUCAGGAAAAUCGAAGUCCCGAACCGUCACCAAUUAUUCAUCAAAAUAAUCAUCAUAACAAUCAUACAAAUUCAAAUAAUAAUUCAGCUGAUCUACUUGGGCUAUCUACUCCAAAUGUUACAUCAACCCAUUCAUCUAGCAAUGCUAAUGUGCUAGUGGAUGUGUUAGGUGACUUAUAUGGUAGUGGAGCAGCUGGCUCAAAUUCAUUGAGUGCAAGUACCAAUAAUUACAAUCCUAAAAAAUUUAUUUGUAAAAAUAACGGAGUACUGUUUGAAAAUGAACUCAUUCAAGUAGGUGUUAAAUGUGAAUUUAAAAAAAAUUUAGGCCGACUUGGUCUAUUUUAUGGGAACAAAACUGCUACACCAUUACAGAAUUUCUCUACUGUCUUAUCUAGUCCACAUCUCUGGGUUACUAAGUUAGCAAUUCAAAUUAAACCUAUAGAACCCAUUUUAGAAGCUGGUGCACAAAUACAGCAGUUAGCUAUCAUAGAAUGUAUAGAAGAGUAUACAGGAAUACCCAUUAUUAAUGUAUCUUUUGUAUAUAAUGGUGUACCACAAAAUGUUGCUGUUAAGCUUCCUGUAACGUUAAAUAAAUUCUUUGAACCAACAGAAAUGAAUAGUGAAUCAUUUUUCGCACGCUGGAAAAAUCUUGGCAGUAACCAUGACCCUCAAAAGUCUCAAAAAAUAUUUAAAGCAUCACAACCGAUGGAUCAAGUGUCAACUAGAACAAAACUUUCUGGAUUUGGAAUGCAGUUGUUAGAUGGUAUUGAUCCUAAUCCUGAUAAUUUUGUGUGUGCUGGUAUUGUUCAUACAAAAUCACAACAAAUUGGUUGUUUAUUACGAUUAGAACCAAAUAAACAAGCUCAGAUGUAUCGAUUAACUGUAAGAUCUAGUAAAGAACCCGUCUCCAUAGAGAUAUGUGAUCUCUUAGCCGACCAAUUUUAAAAUCUAUCUGAUAUUAUUUAUUAGUAAUGUGUACUUUUUUACAAUUGUUAAUGUCAUCUAGUAAAAAUGUCUAUUGCGGUUUCAAAUUAUUGUUUUAUACACACGCACAUUAGAGGUAUAUAUACAAAUAAUGCAAGAUAUAAACUUUAAAGUUUGAAUUCAUCGUAAGUCUGAUGUUAUAUAGUUUAUUUUAAGUGAAUAGCUUGUGUUGUAUAUACUAUAUACACUUUGUUUUUAUUAAUUUAUUUAUGGUAUGUGUGUGUAAAUAACAAGCUAAUGUCAAGACCCCAAAGACUUUGAACACUUUUUUUAUAUUUAUUAUUUAUAAAUAUUAUUGAAUAAACUGUAGGUGUCUUUUAUAUUAUUGUAUUAACUUAUUUGUUAUUUUAUUUGAUUAUUUAUUUAUUUAAUGUACCAAAAUAUUGUGAGCAGUGCAAACAUAAAUAUAGUAUGUGGUAAUUUUUUUUAUUUUCAA